AUGCCUCCAAAAGCUCCACCUCCUAAAAAAUUGACAAAGAAAGAAUUAAAGGAAAAAGCUGAACAAGAAAAGAAAGAAAGAGAAGAGCAAGAGAGAAUUCGAAAGGAAGCAGAAGAGAAAUAAAGGCAAGAAGAGGAACGGUUACGAAAAUAGGAAGAAGAAAGAUUGGCUUAAGAAGAAAAGGCAAGACUUUAAGAAGAAGAGAUUGAGAAUGAAGUUUAGAGAAGUGUUUUUAAGGAAAAUCUAGAUAAUGCAAAGAAAGUAGCUAGAGCAAACGAUGACUGGGAUAAAUUUUUGAUAUGCUCAAUAAAACCUGACAUCACGUAGGAGUCUUAAUUGACAACAUUCAUCACUAUGCUUAGAGAAUAAAAGAUAAUUAAUGAAUUAAAGGUUCCAGAAGAACUCCAAAAAUUAUAACAAGCAGAGAAUAUUGAAAGAGACAUUCAUAGAUUCUUAACAUAACUAAAGGCUGAAAGGAAGUUAUAAUAAAACCAAUAAUAAUUACAAUAACAAUAAUAGCAAUAAAUCUUUUAAAAUGACACUGUGGCUAGAAAUAAAUUAUAUAUUACUCAAAUUAGAGAGAUAAUUAUUAAAAAGCUUGAAGAGAUCAAUACUUAAAUGGUAUUAAAUGCCGAACUAUUUAUUGAUGAAAAAUUUGCAGAAUUAACUAAAAAGGCAAAUGAAGGAGCAAAGGGAACAUUUAAGUUGGAUGAUAAAACUAAAUAAGAAGUGAUCAAGACUUUCCCACCCACUGAGGACUUUAAGUAUGGUAUAUUCAUUUACCCAUCCAACAAACCAUCUGGUUACAGACAUAAACCUAAUGAAUAUCCAGAAUUAUAAUUAGCAGUUGAUGUUCCAAGGUCAAUCUCUGUAUUCCUUCAAAAAAUAAUAUGGACUUCCUUCGAUAAUUAUUCUCCUGAUACUUAUAGCAAAUAUAGAAUUGUUGGAGGUGUUUUAGAUAUAGAAUAUUUACAGAUGUUGCCUCCCCCUAAGAAAGUCAAUACAUGGACAUUGAAGUCCAAUUAUGAAUUGAAGGAAACUGUAAAAAGAUUAGCCUUUGAAUUAAAUGCAACAUUUAAGGUUUCUUAUUAACUUCCUUCUUAUAUUUGGAUUCCAAACAAGGAGAAUUAAAAAGUAUGGAGAGUAGCAUUCUUUGAUCGUGUUAGUGAAUAAUGGAUUACCGAUGGAGUUGAGGAUGCUAAGUUGGAUAAAGGAACCAAUAUUGUGGCAAGUGUUCCUAAAUUAGGUCCUAUUGGAUUAUUGCAAGAGAGAUGUCUGGAUUAUCCAUACAAGAGUUUUAAAUUAAGAUGUGUUGGAAAUGAAAAAGCUAUUUUAGAUAUUUAGGGAGCAAGAGAUUUAUUCAAAUUUGAAAUUGGUCCAGGAUAUAUUCAAUUAUUGAAGAAAGACACAGAAUUCUAACACUUUGCAUACAAAAAACUAUUGGUGGGAGCCUUAUUCUAUGAAUUAUACAGAAGUGGCGUUAAUUUUAUUCCUGUGAAUGAGGAUGCCUAAUCUGCUAAUAUUGUUUAAAAGGAUGAGGGUGCAGAAGAGUUAGCCUUGAAUGAUUUAUCUGAAGCAGUUAGAGGAUUCUACAUCGAGUCAAGCAGAUGGAACAAUAGUGAUACAGGUCCAUAAAUAGUAGUGAAGCUUAAAGAAAACCCAGAAUUUGAUGAGGAAUUUGCAGAGAAUUAAGAAAAAGACUGGAAAACCAUAAAAUGGUGGAAUAAUAAAUGUGCAAUCAUUCAAGCCAGAGAUUCACAUUAAAAGUGCAAUUAGGCACUUUUGCAGGAUACCGAAACACAUUGCAACUUAGAGGUGUUACUGAAAAUGCAUUCAUUGACUACUCAAGAGACUUUAGGAAGGAUGAAAGAUUUGCAUUACGUUAUUUUUAUUGAAACCAUAUAAUAGGUAUUAAGAAUAACUAAAUUAUUAUCGUUUACAGUUAGAGAUUGAAUUCUUAUGUCUUUAUUAUAUUUUAUAUUUGGAUUAUCAGUUUUUU